AUGGAGUCAUACAAUCUCAAGACUGCGGCGACAUAUAUCAACAAUCUACUUUUGGCUCGUGGACUACUCCGCGAUGGAAAAGGCAUCGAGUUCGCGCACCCAUCGCGGGCGGAGGGCGGCAAAGAAGCCACAAUGGCUCAGAUCAUCAACCUCGUUCACGAUCUUGUCCUGAAGCGUGAUCGCGAUCAGGAGUAUCGAGAAUCUGUUGCGGAGACAGUACGGAACUUGCGCUCAGAACAGUCGCGCCAGUUGAUAUCGCUCGAGAAGCUGCAGACUCGCAAUGCAGAUCUUACACGACAGCUCUCUCUGGCUCAAUCGCAAGAGCACGCUGCUCGCGCCGCUUUACGAACCGCCGAAUCAUCCGCACGCAAGCUACGCGCAGAAAUGUUGCGACUGAAGACAACCGUAGAUCAGGUCCGGACAAGCUGCGCAAACGAUGUACGAAAGCGCGAUGUACAAAUCCAGCGCUUGAAGAGCCACUUGACGACCCAACAGCGUGGGAACAAGACAGGAUUAGUCGGCGCAAGCAUUACGAUCAACCCUGGUGUUGCAGGCUUUGGUGGUUCGGCGAACACGAUCAGGAACGACGAGCCAGACCUCGAGGAUCCGGGCUAUAGCCUGAAACAAGAAACGACGGACUUCCUGACACAGUUGAGCCAGAGCUUGAGCGAUGAGAAUGACAGUCUCAUCGGGCUCGUAAGGAGCACGCUCACGACGUUGAGAGAGUUGCAGGGCAUGCCUGAAAGCAAUGCGCAGGAAGAUGCAGACGGUCACUCAAUAAUCGGCGAGGAGGACGAAGAUGUACAGCACGGCAUGAUGCAUGCUCUACCAACCAGUUUCGAGACCCUCGCCAGCGACACGGACGUCGUGUUAGACAAUCUGAAGAACCUACUCACCAAUCCCAAUUUUGUGUCAGUGGACGAGGUUGAGUCCCGAGAAGAGGAGAUUCACAGAUUACGAGCAGGCUGGGAGAAGAUGGAGGCCCGCUUGCGUGAAUCCUUCAAGCUCAUGGACUCUUGGCGGAAGCGCAUGACAAAGGGUGAUACUAUCAACCUAGACGAGCUCACGAGAGGGCUGGACUACGACACGGAUCUGGAAGAAGAUGAAGGGGACAAUAUUUCAAUGAUCGAAGAAGAAGAUGAGGACGAAGGAGAAGAGCUUGUCGAAGAGGAUGGCGAGGAAGCUAUGGAGGACGGCAGUUCAGUCUUUGACGAGGAUGUUCAGGAGGUGGAAAAUCAAGAGGAGCUUCCUACACCAGAAGCAGAACUUGCAGCAGAGCAGACGAACGGUGAUUCCCGUUUCGACGGCAAGCCACGACCCGAAUCGCAGGCUCUCCAGGAGACGAGCGGCAACAAGUCACCCAACAAAUCGCCUCGGAAGGUUGCUUUCUCAGCGUCCAUUCCGAACACCCCAUCUCAUGCCGAAGAUGAGGCGACAGGCACAUCUGGACUUGAUCUGGUCGACGUGGAGACGACCAGCCACCCUGCCUCGGUAACAAAAGCUUCCCCGCCAGAAGAGGGUGCAUCGAGAGCAGCAGGCCAAGAUGAGCGCACACCACGCCAUGUACGUUGUGACAACAUCUGCGACCCUAUCUUGAAGAUGGCCUGCAAAGUCACCCUUUCUUCAUCCCCAUCAUUUUCUUUCGACUCACCCAUGACGACGCUCUCUGACACCCGGCAACAGGCAAAGAAACGGCAUUCGAGUCCACAUGCCCAUCCCGAAGAGCGAUCCCCAAAGCUGACCAUGUUCGAUAAGCUCAAGGCAGUGCAGGCCGAAGCGGAAGUAGCCGCUGCCAGAAUCCAGUCAAGUCCUGUCAAGUCUUUUAGAUCGGCGAAUGGCGAGGAUGCAACAGAAGAGAAAAGGCAAAGGCGUCUGACUCGCUCACCAACGAAGCCCUCACGCAUUGGAGGUCGGCCAAAGAGGAGAAAGAGCACGCUGACACCUGCGGAGCUGGAAAACCUCUUAGGCUGCUAA